ACAAACUAAAUCGAAUAAAAUUUUUUGUUAUUCAGAUUCUUUCUUCUUUUCGAUCGCUUUCUGAUUUCCUCUGCUACUUUUCUCUCCACUCAUCCCUUCCAAUUUUCACACUCUUUUCCUCUCUUUUUUUUUUCAUUUUUAUUAUAUAAAUAAAUUUCAAUUGAUCAAUUAUAUCAAGUUGAAACCCUAAACUCUUCAAAUUUUCUGGUUGCUUAUCUCCUCGUUCAGCAUUAACCUCCUGGUGGUGACAAUGUCAACUCCUGCAAGGAAGAGGCUAAUGAGAGAUUUUAAGAGGUUGCAACAAGACCCGCCUGCCGGUAUCAGUGGAGCACCUCAAGACAACAAUAUUAUGCUUUGGAAUGCAGUUAUAUUUGGUCCAGAUGAUACUCCAUGGGAUGGAGGUACGUUCAAGUUGACACUUCAAUUCACUGAAGAUUAUCCCAACAAACCCCCAACAGUGAGAUUUAUCUCCCGGAUGUUUCAUCCAAACAUUUAUGCCGAUGGAAGUAUUUGUCUGGACAUUUUACAGAACCAAUGGAGUCCUAUAUAUGAUGUAGCAGCUAUUCUCACAUCCAUCCAGUCAUUGUUGUGUGAUCCAAACCCAAACUCACCUGCAAACUCAGAAGCUGCUAGGAUGUUUAGUGAGAACAAGCGUGAGUACAACCGAAGAGUAAGGGAGAUUGUGGAGCAGAGCUGGACAGCGGACUAACUCCACGCGGUAGUGGAACUGUCAGUUUUUAAGGUUUGAUGUUGUGGUGACAUUGCCACUUAGAGUGCUAUUUGCAGUACUAAUCAACUUUAUCCUGUUCUCUUAGCAUAUUUGAUAUAUACCUCAUCGACAUUUGCAAUGUGCCGUAAGCUUGUGUAAAAUAGCAUAUGAAUUCUAUGUGGUCUAAGGUGUGAGUAUCGGAUAUGAAUCUGCAUCCGACACGGGUUUAUUUUUUAAAGUUUUAUCGUAUAUUAAGAGGUUCAUACCAUAA